AUGGAGACAUCAUUUGAAUACAACAAUUACCCGUCCUUCCACGGAUCAUCCUACUACCCGAAUCCCGGCGGCGCCGCAGUCCUCCGCCCUUCGCCUCAUACACAACAACCUCAACAGACCCCACCCACAUCAUCGUUUCCGCGACACAAUUCCAUCGAAAUGGUGCCCGGGGACGAUCAUCUGGGACAAUACAUAUUCUCCGAGUUUCUAGAGGACCCAUUGGCCGUUGCCCAGCGGUCGACGCGGAGUAGCAGUGAAGAGAAGGAUGCCAUAACGCCGGCGCAGAGCCGGCGGAAGGCUCAGAAUAGGGCUGCCCAACGAGCCUUCCGAGAACGCAAAGAACGCCGCGUGCGAGAACUAGAGCAAAAACUAACCGACCUCCAAGCGCAAUCCAUGACCCUGCACGCCGACAACGAGCGCCUCAAACGAGAACUAGCAAAGGUUGCUACCGAGAACGAAAUACUGCGUGCCACAUCGUCGAGCGGCGAGAAUAUAAGUGACGGCAACAACUCCCCGAGAGGAAUGGAUGGCGAGGAAGAUAAAAAGAAACCAUCGCCAACAACAGCAACGAUAAACGGACCCAAGAAAUGGGUUUCGCUAGACGUCCGCAAGAAAUAUGCAGCGGACUUCAAGGCAGGGAAUCUGCCGCAUCGGAUUGUCCUCAGUGCAGAGACUGGGGAGAGAUUACUGGAUACAAAAGCGACGUGGGACUUGAUACAGAGUCAUCCGCUGUUUCAGAAGGGAUUGGUGGAUAUUGGUGAUGUCUGUGAAAGGUUGAAAAGGAUUACGAAGUGUGAUGGGCAAGGCCCGGCGUUUGAGGAGGGAAGGGUUAGGAAGAUUAUUGAGGAGAGCGUGGCGUGUGGGAAUGAUGAAUUGAUAUAA